AUGACUUCAAUGCGCCACAUUCAUCUUAACGCGUCAAAGAGGCGGCCCUUACUUAGAGAUGAGGCAACACCUAACGAGGACAAUGCAACAUUGCCGGUGAAUAGAGUGUUUACGGAUCCUCGAGGAUCAAAACUCAAUGAAGAUGCGAGUGUUUACUUCAUCGGCACAGCGACGACGAUAAUUGAGUGGCAAGGAAUUCGGAUACUUACCGAUCCGAACUUCUUACACACCGGAGAUCAUGUCCAUCUAGGACCAGGAGUGACUGCGCAGAGAAAGACAAAUCCAGCUGUGGACUUACACGAGCUGCCAGCACUUGACUGUAUUCUGUUAUCUCACUACCACGAAGAUCAUUUUGACCGGCUGGUCGAGAAAUCGUUGAAUAGGGCGUUCGACAUUAUCACCACUCCGCAUGCCAAGGAAUGCCUCACGGGUGGAUCCAGGGAUGACCCAUUUCAAUCCGUUCAUGGUCUCGGUUUCUUCGAGAGCAUCAUGCUCCACAUUGACCGUAAAGAACCAUCGCACGCCGGUGGAUAUGGCAAAGUACCCGUCAUCAAAGUGACCGGGAUGCCGGGAAAGCAUGUCCCCCCGGGACCACUCGCUAAGGCCAACGACUUACUCAAAGCCGUGCCGCCAACGAAUGGGUGGCUCCUCGAGUUUGGCUCCAGCUUCAAGGCUCCAACCGGCGGCGAUCCGGACUGCAUCGAUACAGGAUACUGCAUAUACAUCUCCGGCGACACGCUAUUCGUGGACGAACUCAAAGAGAUCCCGAAGCGGCUUCGCAAUCAGAAAAUUGAUCUCAUGUUAGUACACUUGGGAGGCACGACGAUUCCUGGACCAUCGAUGCCUUUAGUCAUGGUUACAAUGGAUGCCAAACAGGGCAUACAGCUAAUGCAGCUUAUUAAUCCGGACUUGACUAUUCCAAUCCAUUACGACGACUACGACGUUUUCUUGUCAUCCCUGUCGGACUUCAAAAAGGAGGUCGACGAGAAUGGUUGGAGUGAGCGGGUGGUUUAUCUUGACCGCGGAGAACAGUACGAGUUUAAAGUCCGUGGGGUUUGAAUA